GGGUCCGCAAGGAUCGCCGCGGGAAGUUAGCUGGCCGCUGGGCGCUGGCCGGCGCGCUUCUCCCCCGCGGCGCACGCUGGGGGCCUGGUCGGGCAAGACGGGUGGGCGUGGCCCGCGGGGCCGGGAAGGUGGGCUCCCGCCGCGGGGGAGAUGUGGAGGGGCGGGGGCAGGCCUGCGCGGCGCAUGCGCGCUGCAUUGUUUUGACUGAAAAUGCCGUCUGUUUCGAAAGCGGCCGCGGCGGCGCUGAGCGGGUCCCCCCCGCAGACGGAGAAGCCGACCCACUACAGGUAUCUAAAGGAGUUUAGGACAGAGCAGUGCUCCCUGUUUGUGCAGCACAAGUGCACCCAGCACAGGCCAUUUACCUGUUUCCAUUGGCAUUUCCUAAAUCAGCGUCGGCGCAGACCGCUCCGCAGGCGCGACGGCACCUUCAACUACAGCCCAGACGUGUACUGCUCCAAGUACGACGAGGCGAGUGGCGUGUGCCCCGACGGCGACGAGUGUCCGUACCUGCACCGGACAACAGGAGACACAGAGCGCAAGUACCACCUACGCUACUACAAGACAGGCACGUGCAUCCAUGAGACCGAUGCCCGGGGGCACUGUGUGAAGAACGGGCUGCACUGUGCCUUUGCACAUGGGCCCCUGGACCUGCGGCCACCUGUGUGUGACAUCAGGGAGCUGCAGGCCCAGGAAGCCUUGCAGAACGGCCAGCUUGGCGGUGGGGAUGGCAUCCCUGAUCUGCAGCCUGGGGUCUUGGCCAGCCAGGCUAUGAUUGAGAAGAUCCUGGGCGAGGACCCCCGGUGGCAAGACACCAACUUUGUGCUGGGCAGCUACAAGACCGAGCAGUGCCCGAAGCCUCCGCGCCUCUGUCGCCAGGGCUAUGCGUGUCCUCACUACCAUAACAGCAGGGACAGACGGCGGAACCCCAGGAGGUUCCAGUAUAGGUCCACUCCGUGCCCCAGUGUGAAGCAUGGCGAUGAGUGGGGUGAGCCCUCGAGGUGUGACAGUGGGGAUGGCUGUCAGUACUGCCAUUCACGUACGGAGCAGCAGUUCCACCCUGAGAUCUACAAGUCUACAAAGUGCAAUGACAUGCGCCAAACUGGCUACUGCCCUCGGGGUCCCUUCUGUGCCUUUGCGCAUGUGGAAAAGAACCUGGGAAUGGCCAAUGACUGGGGCUGCCGAGACCUCACCCCCACCAGCAGCUCCGCGGCCAGCAGCGGCCCCCCUGGAAAUACGAAGCGGAGGGACUCACCUGCUGAAGGUGGCCAGAAAGCCAGUGAGCACGACAGCAAGCAGAACCACCUGGCGGUGUUCACAGUGGUUCACCCGCUUGCUCCCAGCGUGAGCUCCAGCGUGGCCUCCAGCCUGGCAUCCAGUGCUGGCUCCAGCAGCUCCUCCCCCACCGCUCUCCCCACUCUCUCGGCGCGUGCCCACCCACUGGACCCCACUGGCAGUGCCCUCGAGUCCAUCCCAGGCACUGCCGUAGAUCUGCAUCUUAGUGAUUUAAGCCUUGCCCCCCUGGAUAAGGAGCUGGACGAGCAGGACGGAAGUGACCUGCGACCCACCGGUCAGAGGUCGCUGGGGGGCUCAGAGCCUGUCACCAUUCCAGGCUGCCUGGCGCGCUCCCCGUCCCUGCACUCCUCGUCUUCCCUGUCCACCUCCCCGCUCAGCUCGCUCUCCCAGCCUCUGUCCGGGCCUCUUGUCUCCUCGGCUAUGACGCCCCCCCAGCAGCCACCGUCCCUCAAGUCGGAGCCCAGGGUGCUGGGCUCCUCAGCCUCGACCUACAACUCCCUAGGUUUGAAUGGUGUCCCUGGGAGCAUCUGGGACUUUGUUUCCGGCAGUUUCUCUCCCAGCCCAUCCCCCAUUCUGAACGCUGGCUCCGCAUCCUCUGCGAGUGCAAGUCCCAGCUGUGCUGAGCUAGCUCGGGUCAGGCGGCAGCUAGAGGAAGCCAAGAGGAAGAUCAGGCAGUGGGAGGAGUCCUGGCAGCAAGUGAAGCAGGCCUGUGACGCAUGGCAGCGGGAGGCCAAGGAGGCGAAGGAGCGUGCGCUGGCGGCCGACAGUGCCCGGCAGCUGGCACUGCAGAAGAAGGAAGAGGUGGAGGCCCAGUUCAGGCAGCUGCAGGAGGAGCUGGAAGGCCGGGGCAUGUCCACACUGCCUGGGCUGCGGGGCUGCAGCGACAUCGGUGCCAUCCCGCUGCCCAAGCUGCAUUCACUGCAGAGUCAGCUGCGCCUGGAUUUGGAGGCAGUGGACGGGGUAAUCUUCCAGCUCCGAGCGAAGCAGUGUGUGGUGUGCAGGGAGCAGUCCCGGGGCGCCGUCCUGCAGCCCUGCCAGCACCGUGUGCUCUGCGAAUCCUGUGUGGCCAAUGCACCCGAGUGCCCCUACUGCGAGGGCCAGCCCCUCCAGUGGUGACGGCAGCCAUGGUGGCCUCACUUCCUGGUGCCACCGACGUCGAGACCCCGGCCCUGAGCUGCACCCAUGGUUCCAUGGUAUUCUCGCAGACCUUGAAGGCAGACACACAGCACCCACCUGCCCACUGCCCAGGGUCCGGACGGGCACAGUGAUUACACGGGGUGUGCAGUCCUGACACUACUGUGACCACGUCCUGGGAACUCGCAUCCCGGCCGAGCACUUUUGUAAAUUGAGGAAUUUAAAUGGAUGGGCUAAGUUGCUAUAAGCUGCUUUCUAGGUUCAUGUUUUUUUUUAAUACGCGAUAUGAAGCUUUGUAUGUGUACUGUGAACUUAAAAUAUUUCUUAUCGGUUUAUUGUUAAUUCAUAGUAUGGUAAAUAUUAUUAGAUUUCAUAUUCAGAAAUUAGUACUUAUGAAAUGAGCAUUAUCUAGUAGUGAGAAAUGCCUAGGAUUUUUAUAGGUUUUAAAUGAAGUGGAAACAAAUAUUUAUAGCAGAAUGAUUAUUGAAAGACAUACAUUUAGAUGUUUUUAAUUUUAUGAAAGGAACUAUUCCUAAACGCGUGCACACGCACACUUAUUGGAAUUUUAUUUCCCCACACCGAGAAAUGAGGGAGCUCAAUCACGUGUCUGUGACCCGGGGCCACUUUCUCCAAGUGCCUGAACCUUUCGAAAGAAGUGAAGGGAAUGGUUCAUUUGGUUUUAUUUUCUCCCUUGAAACUUUGUAAGACAAUUUGAUACUAGUUAAAAACAGGCAGCCAAGGGAGUGUGUUCAUUUUAGAGAGCUGGUUUUGAGUCUCACGGCAGCAGCGCCCCGUCUUCCUGGAGCUGGUUGCCGGGCACCACAGCUGGCCCACAGGCCCCACCCAAUAACCUCAGGGCCACAUGGACUCCUGCCAGCAGGACAGGUUCACCCAUCUUUGGCAUGUUUGACUUAAGGGCGACACUUCGGACAUUGUCAUCCAAUCUGUGUGUCCAGGUAUUAUCGGUCAUUUGUGAGGACCGGGCUGCUGUGCUAGGGCAGGGGGCUGCCCUGAGGACCUGGCUCUGCUGCAGGCCCCUUGGCCCCCAAGUAGCAGCCUGGCUUCAGGGCCACAGCAGAAGUGCUCCUGGGAACGGGUCUGAUUUUAGUGAUGACUCAAAUCUUCUUUGGUCUGUAAUGGGUCUUUUUUUCUAGACCUCUGGCAAGUAUGUCUGUCGUUUACCCCAGCUGUGCUCUCAGCGAAGCAGAUCUAGGCUUCCGGGAGAGAACCUUUGCAGAACCUGCCGCUGGAAGGGAGGGGUGGGAGCAGGUGCUGGCCCCUCUGGCCGGAAAGUGAACACCCGUGUUUCUACUUGCUUGGGGCUUUGCCAAAGACUUUUAAUAGCAUUUUUAAAGUGCAAAGUGACUAGGCAAAAUUUUUUAUCAGUGACUAAAUUAGAAUGUAUUUACUGUAGUAAGAAAUUUAAAACAUUUUUUAACAUAAGACAAACUGAUAGAGUCAUUUUAAGGUGGCCCCAUGACAUUCCGCAGCUGGUGUGCUACUACUCAAGGUUAACUAUUGACUUGGUUUUAGUGAGUAUGUUUUUAAUUAUAGUGAUGAUUUACUAGCUCUUAGAAGUUACAUAUAUUUUGUGCUAUUGUUAUCACUGUUUAAAAUUAUUUUUAUUAGUAUUUAUGCACUUGUUUCCCAUUCCAGGCCUUUGGCCUUUUUUGGGAUAACAAGAAAGUGUUUAUUACUGAUAUUUAGCCUAGACAUUUUCAGAUUAUAAACGAUUAAGAACAAUUAAGCUUUAGGUCUAUUUAUAAGCUACUCUGGUCAGUUCUGUGGAGUCUGGGGGCUGGUGUGUCGUGCUCACAGGGGUCCCACGGCGGGGCGCUCACCCUUCUCAGGGCGGGCCUGGCUCUGAGAACACCUGUGGUGGGAAGACCAAAGAACCCAAAGAACCACCCAGAAUGGAAUUCUGAGGGUGGCCCAGCGCUGGCAGGGCUGUCGCUGGGGUCCGUCCCCCGGGGGCGCUGCCCUUGGGGUACUCUGUUCCUGUAGUAGCCCUGGUCUCCUGAGGGAGUUGCACUUGGUGGGCCUCACAGGAUGCGCUGGGGCCAGGCUCUGCCUCGGGUCUCACUGGCCCACCUGUGGGUGAGGGGGGGGGGUGCUGGAUGGAGCAGCAGAGGCCGGGCGGCGCUCAGUGUUGUCUCUCAGCUCUGGUGUUCAGUAUUAGCGGUGACGUUCUGUCGUCACACCACUCACGCAGCGAUCAGGAGACCUCACCUCAGUGUGAAUGCUUCAUGUGGGUAAUUUAUGGAAGCCCCCAAUCUGUAUGUUUGUUCUGAGUAUUUAGAUGAGAAUGUUACUGGAAUGGAACUUUCGUAACCCAGAAGGUAGUAUUUAUAAUGCACAAUCAUUUACUUGUAGUGAAUUGUUUAAAGUUAACACUUGUUUAAAUUUUUUUACACUAUAGCAUUUAUGCAAUGGUUUACAGAAUUCAUGGAAUUAUUUUUAUCAGUAUGGAAUUAAAACUUUGAAUCUUUA